CGGCUUGUUUGGUCGAUGGCACCCGGAAACUUCGGGUGUCAUCACGGCAAAAUACCAUUACCGAAUUUAUAAAUAAAUAAAUGUGUGCUUCGUAAUAGGUAAAGGAACCCUGUCAGCCGUAUCUAAACCUGGACCUUAUAUAAACAUGAGAGUCUAGAGCGAGCUGUCAGUCAUUUGUUAAGCAAUUGCUGGGACACCAAUAUUCAGGAAGGCAAAGAAGAAUACCAUGUUGUGAAGGCAAACCGCACGAUCAUGCAACAGAAAGGCAGCCAUACGAUGAAUCAAGUGGUUCUCUCCAUUUUCCUGCUUUCAGGACUGACGCACCUCGGCCUGGGGAAGGAGCUGCAGGACCCUACUUACUCUACUGUUAGUGGCCACAAUGACGGUUUAAACACAGAAAAAGUGAAUAUUUACGAAAGUCGAUAUUGGACAAAGUCUGUUGAAGAUGACCCUGGGUUGAAGGGCGAAAAUACGCCGAUGGAUGAAGUCAACCCAACGAAAGGUGUAUCCCUCCUGGAAAGCAAAGAUGGGCAAACGGAUUUCACGUUGCUCCCCAAAAAGACGUUCGCCUUCAAAGCACAAGGAUCUAUAGACAAGUCAAACUAUCAUGAAAUGACAGGACAAGAACCACUGAGAAAACGGCUUUCUAUGGACCCCUUCAAUAUGGGAAAACGGCUUUCUAUGGACCCCUUCAAUAUGGGAAAACGGCUUUCUAUGGACCCCUUCAAUCUGGGAAAACGCCUUUCUAUGGACCCAUUCAAUAUGGGAAAACGCCUUUCUAUGGACCCCUUCAAUCUGGGAAAACGCCUUUCCAUGGACCCCUUCAAUAUGGGAAAACGCCUUUCCAUGGACCCCUUCAAUCUGGGAAAACGCCUUUCUAUGGACCCAUUCAAUCUGGGAAAACGCCUUUCUAUGGACCCCUUCAAUAUGGGAAAACGCCUUUCCAUGGACCCCUUCAAUAUGGGAAAACGCCUUUCUAUGGACCCUUUCAAUCUUGGAAAAAAAUUCACCAUAAAAUCAACUGUCCCAGGGAAACGGAUGUCCAUGGACCCUUUUAAUCUCGGAAAAAGACAUCAAAAUGGCCACAAAAACUUUAGAAAACGCCGUUCACUUGGGUCUUAUAGUGCUGAAAACCCUGACUUUUAUCCUGGGCAACAAAUUGCUCCGACCCAUGCCACCCUAGGAAAGCGUCUUUCCAUGGACCCAUUUAACUUAGGAAAGCGCCUUUCCAUGGACCCAUUUAACUUAGGAAAGCGUCUUUCCAUGGACCCAUUUAACUUAGGUAAGCGUCUUUCCAUGGACCCAUUUAACUUAGGAAAGCGCCUUUCCAUGGACCCAUUUAACUUAGGAAAGCGCCUUUCCGUGGACCCAUUUAACAUAAGAAAGCGUACUAGAACGGAUCCAUAUAACCUAAUAGGAAAACGUAGAUCUAUGAAACCAUCUCGCCUGGAAAGAAAUCUUGCUGACCCAUUUAACUUAGGAAAGCGUCUUUCCAUGGACCCAUUUAACUUAGGAAAGCGCCUUUCCAUGGACCCAUUUAACAUAAGAAAGCGUACUAGAACGGAUCCAUAUAACCUAAUAGGAAAACGUAGAUCUAUGAAACCAUCUCGCCUGGAAAGAAAUCUUGCUGAGGCUGAUUCGUUAAGUUCUGUGGCACCGUAUCUGGAGAUCAUCUACGUGCAGAAUGAUGCACAUAUUGACGACAAAGCUCCUACUAGGCAUCAAAGAGUAGAUGAGUUUGCUGAAAAGGGGGACAUUAUGCCUAUAGAGCCAGAUGUAUGGAAAAUGAAACCGGUAAGAAGAAGUCCAACCAAAAAAAUUUACGUCCGGGUCGACCCGUUCAACAUUCCCAUGAGGUCGGUUCGAAGUGGUAAAAGUCCCAGUCGGUCCAAUUCCUCUUGCUACGUCUAUAGGGAUACAAGGAAGUGUCAAACACUGAAGCGAAUACUGGACCAUAUGAAUCCUGGCGGCAGCAACAUGCUCCUUGAAUUAGACAGGUUUUUCCGCCAGGAUGAAAGUAGCGAUACAGACAAAGUGACGGAUGGCGAGAGAGAUUUCUGGUUGUUCACAUGAAGAUCCACAGUGGCUAGGUGAUGAUUGUUUUGUGAAAUUGCCGCCCAGAAAUGACACUUUUCCAUUCUUUUUCCAUGGUGUUAAGUUCACAGCAAUCCGAUUCAGAAAAUGCUGUUUUAACAAGAAACAGGAAUCACUGUUCAUCAUGUCAUGUUUGUCUAGUUGUGUCUUAUUUCCUUUCUACAAUUUUCAUUGGCGUGUUUCUGAAGCAGCACUCUGCCAGUCAAGAAGGUCAAACUACAAUAUACCAUCUUACAAAUCAAAAACUGAAUAAACACAGUGAGCCUUGACAACCAAAAACAUCCAACGUUGUGAAACCAGAGCCUGUGUGACAAGAACGGUAGUCAGCUAGAAACUUUAGUCCCCAUUACUUUGCACCGGUGACAUUCUUCCAAUAUACUGUACAUUCUAAAAACGAAUCGGUUACCGACCCUUCCGAUAAAAUCGGUUGACUAUAAAUCAGUUACAAACAAGUUUAUUCGGUUAUUGGUCAAUCAGUCGAUUGGUCAACAUGGUUACCGUGUGGAUUGGUUAUUGUACAACUGAACUGAGGACAUUUAACAAGAAUAUCGAAAGACUAUAAAGUAAUUCUACAAACUUGUUGAAUCUUGUUUAUUAUUAUUAUUAUUAUUAUUAUUAUUAUUAUUAUUAUUAUUAUUCAGUCAGUCAGUCAGUCAGUGUACCUACCGAUCAUUAAUUUUUUACAUCAACCGGACUAUU